ACAAAUACCAAUAAAUACUUUAUUAUAUUUUAUUGUUUAAAUAACAUUUUUAGUGACCGUUGUGUUCCCAACGGUGUUUCAACGCUAUUCCGUUCAAAUCGCGUUGAACCCAUCCGCUAGGGGUAGUAAAAUCCUACGAAGAUCAAGGUUUUUUGUCUGAGAAAGCAAGAAGGAUUAUAGUUCCGGGUUACUUCCGCAAAUAAGAAGCGCAGUUCAUGAAAAAUUAUCAUGGUCAGCCUCUGGACUGUUGGGUAAUUGAAGAUGAAGAGUUGAAAAAAGUGGUUACAAUUAUUGAAGAAUUAUUUCCCACUGAGUGUGCAGCCGUAUAUUUUACCGAAUUUCGAAUGGAAAAUGGAGUUCGAGUUACGGGAUUUGGCAAGCUUCGCAAUCGUUUCGAAUAUUUAAAGACGAAUUUAAGAGCACAAGGCAUUUUAAAAUCAGCAAGAUCUCAAUUAACAGAACAAAACAUAGCUGCUAACACUACUAUAAUUUCUGAUUUUAUGACAGAAAAAAUUAAGUAUUUGGAGAUCCAUUCGGACGAUCCAGACACAGUGAAACUGUAUUGGACAGUAACUUUUUAAUUCAGGCAAAAUCUAUUAAAAGUUGAAAAAAUAAGUGUCGAUGAUUAUCUCGAAAAAUUCAAAGCUUUACGAGAACAGUUAGGACCAGAAUUGGUAAAGCUUUUAACUAUUUAUUUGUCUUAACCAUUAAGUUAAUACUGAUGUAUUUUAUUACGCAUUACUUAAACUUUUACAAAUUGACAUUGAUUUCAAUUUACUAUACCCGAAUAAGCAAAACAUUUUUCUUGACAAGUGGCCGGUGUUAAAGAAGUACUUUUGACGCAUGUAAAUUCAACGAAGUUAUCGCCAGCGGAGAAGAAUUUUUUAAGAUUGUUACCGUCUUUCUUAAA